UUAGUUCCGUGGAUUCAACGCAGCCAAGAAAAGAAAAUCCUAACCCAUUUUCCCAGCGGCCAAACGCUCUCUCCAGAAAAUCUGAAUCAUGUCGUGGCAAACCUACGUCGAUGACCACCUUCUCUGCGAGAUCGAAGGUAACCACCUCACUUCCGCCGCUAUCCUCGGCCAAGACGGCACCGUUUGGGCUCAGAGCUCCAACUUCCCUCAGUUCAAGCCAGAGGAAAUAACUGCUAUCAUGAAUGACUUUGCUGAGCCUGGAACACUUGCUCCAACUGGAUUGUAUCUUGGUGGCACUAAAUAUAUGGUCAUACAAGGCGAGCCCGGUGCUGUCAUUCGAGGGAAAAAGGGUCCUGGUGGUGUUACUGUCAAGAAGACCAAUCUGGCCUUGGUCAUUGGCAUUUAUGACGAACCAAUGACUCCUGGUCAAUGCAACAUGGUAGUUGAAAGGCUUGGUGAUUAUCUCAUUGAACAGGGUCUCUAAUCUUCUCUUUAUGUCUUGUUAUCGUGCAUAUUUCAUUGGCUUCUGUACAAGUUUUCGCAUCGACCUCGACUGGAAUGCUUUGAUUGCAGUGUAAUAAUCUUGUGGGUAUCAAAAGUCACAGGAUCUGCGUGUAGUGAAGAAAGUGUUUGAUGCUUGAGAAAUGAUGACUAUAAUCUUUAUCGUUGUACUAGUACUUUUUUAGUGGGGUACCUGUAUACAUUACAGUGGUUUUAAAUUUUGAAUUCGAUGGUAUAAUGGUUGGCAUAUUUAUUAAAAGUUUGCAGAUUCUUGUCUA